AUGACCUCGUACCAGAACGUUUCAGAAUCAGAGAUCUCCGGCUACAACGACUGUCCGGUUGUCGAGUUCAACAAGUCUUCGAACGGCGGGAAGUCCAGAAGAAGAGUUGUGAGCGGCCAUCAGUUCGCCAAUUCUCCAAGCUCAUCGACCGCGUCGCUGGCCUCUCUCAGUUCGUCGACGAGCUCUUCACUGACUCCUCCUAUGGGACCGAGACCUGGUGGUUCUAAGAGAGUGCCUUCAUCAGCAGCAGCUUCAGAGCCAACGAGCGUGAUCUCCAAAGAGGCCGUUCAGGCGAAGUUGGAUGAACUGUUCAGUUUAACUAGUUCGCUUCCUGAGCGUGAGCUGACACACUAUAAGAAUAAACUACAAGAUGCCUUAUCCCGAGGCACGAUCAAACAGCAAUGGUACUCUAUAGUGGUUGAGAGCAUCGACAACUAUAAGGAUACCGAUCGUGUAAAGAAUAAGCUUAUCCAGUUUAUGCUGCACAACGAUGGAACCACUUCCUGGGGAACUCCCUUGAGGAAGCUAUUGGAGAACGUCCAAUAG